AUGGGCUCACAUGUUAUCGACACCUCGCCAACAAAUGGCCGUGGCGGUUGGGUUCCAUAUUACUACUGGCCCAGCUUGGUCGCAGCGAUAAUUUUCGUUAUCCUCUUCGCGGUGUGCAGCAUCAUCCACAUUUAUCGCCUCUUCAAAUACAAGGGGUGGUACUUCAUUCCCUUCGUUAUUGGUGUACUCUUCCAAAUGGUCGGUUAUGCAGGGCGUAUCGGAUCUUACUAUGACUUCUACUCUCUUACUUGGUUCAUCAUGCAAUCGCUCCUUAUUUUGCUCGCCCCAGCUCUUUUCGCCGCGUCGAUCUAUAUGACACUUAGCCGUAUCGCAAUCGCUUUGCACGCCGAGAACCUCCUUAUCAUUCGGGCUAAAUGGCUUACUACAUUCUUCGUUACUGGCGAUGUUCUUUCCUUCCUUGCACAGAGUGCAGGAGGCGGCAUGAUGGCUGCGGGUGAUCAAGAAGGGGCCGACCGCGGACAGAAGGUUGUUAUGGGUGGUCUCUUUAUUCAAAUCUUCUUCUUCGGCGGAUUCAUCAUUAUCGCCACUCUUUUCCAUAAUCGUCUAAAUAAAUCGCCCUCCCAUGUUCACGAAAAGAUCAAGGGUCGCAAAUACCUUUUCACAAUGUACUUUGCCAACGGACUCAUCCUCAUUCGAUCCCUAUUCAGAGUUAUCGAAUAUAUCAUGCCUCACGACGGUCCUCUUAUGAAGAACGAAGCCUACCUUUACAUUUUCGAUGCACUUUUGAUGUUUGCCGUUGUGGUUAUUUACUUGGUUGUCAAGCCCUACGGCGACCUCUUUGAUGAAUGGAAGCGAAGAAAGGAUCUGGGAGACUUGGAGUUGACUCGGAGGUAA